CCUCCCGCAACAGCAGACGUCGACAUGAGACGCUCCAAGCUAAAGAACUCGCAUUUUCUGGACGUGUCCAAUGACCAUUCUAACGAUGUUUCCGUACGUAGACUCAACCACUGUGGACACAGACUCACCACUGGAAUACAGCCGGAAGGAGAGAGUGGCAGGAGCGGAAUACACCCAUACAAGUUCUUGAAGAUCUGCUGGCGUUCGGCCAGUGGAGCCUCACGCCUCUGCAACAUACUCUGGCCUGUUGUGCCAGUAGCCAUUGCUGUGACAUGGGCUCGGCCUGACCUUCAUAUAGCUAUCUUCACCCUCAACUACCUUGCUAUGGUUCCAUGUGCCAACUUAAGUGGCUUUGCCGGACAAGAGCUGGCUAGAAAGCUCCACAAAGUCUUCGGUGUCUUGUUGGAAACCACCCUUGGAUCCGUCGUCGAGGUUAUCAUGUUUAUGGUCCUUGUCAAGGCUGAGCACUACCGUAUCAUUCAAGACGCGGUUCUUGGCUCUAUCCUGGCCACUCAAUUACUCUGUCUUGGCAUGUGCUUUGCUGUUGGUGGCAGCCGUUACGAAGAACAGGAGUUCUCUGAGACAGUCGGUGAGGUUGGACGUGACUUGCUCCUGACAGCUGGUUUUGGACUGAUCAUUCCUACUGUAUUUCACGCCGCGGUUUUCAGUGAAACCGAAGCGUCAGCCGAGGAAAUCGACAAUGCUGUCCUGCACAUCUCCCGCAUUACAUCCGUUUUGCUCAUGAUUUCCUACGCGAUCUAUGUCUGCUUCCAAAUGCGCACGCAUCAGAGUAUCUACGACGCCAUCUUCGAGGCAGAUGAUCAUAAGCACGCAAGCCGCCACGCGGAUCUCCACAAGGACAAACUUACCUUUACCGAGUGCUUGAUCGCUCUGACUGUUUCCAUCACCCUGGUCACGAUUAUUGCCAUUUGCUUGGUUGGACAAAUCUCCUUCAUCGUCGGAGCAUGCCACGUGUCGGACAGUUUUGUAGGCUUGAUCCUCGUCCCACUCGUUGAAAAGUUCGCAGAGCACCUCACAGCUGUUAAUGAAGCUUGGGAUAAUCAAAUGAACCUAGCUCUUGCUCAUGUUCUCGGUGCCACUAUUCAGACCUCACUCUUCAAUGCCCCGCUUGCCGUGCUUGUUGGAUGGGGACUCGGUCUUCCGAUGAAUUUGAGUUUCUCGCUCUUCAACAUUGUUGUCCUGAUUCUUGCUAUUCUUGUCGUUGGUAACUUCCUGAGAGACCAGAGAUCCAACUACCUAGAGGGAUCGCUUUGCGUUCUCGUUUAUAUCAACAUCGCCGUCGCAGCAUUUUGGUAUCCGAACCCGAAACAAAUGCCUAUCGCUCCGUUCACUGUAGGGAUCGACAAGCAAACUUUUACUGGCGUGUCGACGUUUUCGCUGACCACAUAA